ACCCUAAUUUGACACUUUAUCAAAAAUCAUUGUGCCUUGAGAGAAGCCUAGCCCCGCUACCUACUGGUUGUGUUAGAAGCAGCUAUAGUACAUUGCCUAUAGUAGUCUUAUAGUGCAGACUCUCUUUUACGACUGACCAGGGUUUGUGCUUGCAGACUAGAGUGGUGUGCGUGUGUGCGUGUGUGAGCGCGCGUGUGUCCUUUCCAAUCGUGUUUGUCAAGCCGUGUGAAGUCAGUCGUGGCUAUGCAGAACUGAUUUACUCGAUCGGUUUCUCCUUCUGCAUGUUGGAUGUCCACCUCGGUUGCUGGUGCACCCAUCGAGAUCCGUGUAUUCGCAGGCUCUUGCUCGACUGUACUGACCCCUUUCUGGUCAUGGGUGGAGAAGUUUCACGAAGAGAAAUGGGGAUAAUUUUCAUCGUGUUUGGGUUAUUGGCUGUCUCUGUUCUGCCGUAUACAUCUGCAGAAAAAGCAUAUACCAGCGUCACUGUAAUAGAACUAGAAUGGAACGAAACCACCGUCAUAUCUUCACCCGGCUAUCCAUCCUACUACAAGUCGAACCUAGACCUUACUUGGGUACUCACUGCUCCAGUGGGUCAUAUCCUCCAGAUACAUAUCCUAGACCUGGCCCUAGAGACGGACUACGACUACUUGUACAUUGGUUAUGGGCCUGGUCCCAAUAAACCUGGUUCUUGGGAGCUUCGGAAACUGACUGGGUAUAACUAUUCCAGUGAACCCGCUACACCCAGUCACUCUAUGUGGGUCAGGUUUACCACGGAUGUCUCAAGGGGAGAUAUUGGCUUCAGUCUUCGUGUCACAGCUAUACUAAACCCUGAAUGCAGCAGCGGUCAAAUGCAAUGUUCGAGUGGACUGUGUAUCAGCGAAUCGGCAAGGUGUGACGGAUAUAAUGACUGUCUCGAUUUCUCAGAUGAGGAAUACUGUCCGUACUGCGAACAAGUUCAAUUUGAUAUAUGUAGACAGAGCCUGGCCUAUAAUUUGACUUUUUUCCCGAAUCGGAACGCAGAGACAGCAGACGCUGCAGCGGGAAACUUUACAGACAUGGGAACUACUAUAUCAUCGUGCCAUGAUCACCUGUUCCCUUUCAUGUGCUCCGUUUACUAUCCGGAAUGCACCCAUAACGGCCCCACCCAUCGGGUGUGCUACUCCGACUGUUUGGCAGUCACUGAUGCCUGCAAGGCAUCCUUUGAGCAACUCCUCGACCGUCCUUGGCCCGUCAACUGCUCGUUGUUUACCGAUGAACAGGAGGAAGAUGGGAGCUGUUUUGGCCCUGCGGGAGAUAUUUUCGAUACCAACAUAUGCGGGACACGCCCUGCAUACGCACCAGACCAAAACAGGGUUCUUGGUGGUACCAACGCACGCCAAGGGGAAUUCCCUUGGAUUGGUUCACUCCGCAUCGAAGGAUUGGAUUUUGGAGGACAUUGGUGUGGGUCUACCCUGAUUAACUCUCAAUGGGUUCUUACCGCCGCUCACUGCGUUGAAUACUACGUCGAUCGUGUGGUUUUUGGGAACGCACAUUUGACGGAUGACUCCGACAACGAGGUAGCGGUUGAGGUGGCUGAUAUUUUCGUCCAUCCCGAGUACGACAACAAUUGGUUCUUCAACGACAUCGCUCUGAUACGACUUGCUGAACCGGUGACAUUCAGUGACUACGUUAGACCCGCGUGUCUCUCGGAAUCCUCGGAUGAACUCAAGGACUAUCGUCGCUGCCUCGUCGCUGGAUGGGAAACAUUGAAAUUGUAUAGCCGACCGUUGGCAGAGAGCUUGAAAAAAGCAGUGGUGACCCUUCUUGACCAAGACCGGUGCAAUUCUGAACUUUUCUACAACGGGUCUCUGGCAGAAGAAGAGAUAUGUGCUAGAUAUGCGCCAGGUGGAAUUGAUGCUUGUCAGGGAGACAAAGGUGGGCCUUUGACCUGUGAGGGUGAUGAUGGUCGAUGGCAUCUGGUCGGAUCAACAAGCUUUGGAUGCGCAGGAUCACUCUCGGACAGCAUCUACACCCGAAUCUCACAGUUCCAGUCAUUUAUUACAGCUGUGGUUUCAGGAGCAAUAACACCGGGUAUUACUGAAAUCACCCUUGAGCGUGCCGUCCCAGUGAACAUCACUUCUCCAAACUACCCUUCCGACUACAACAUCGGCGAUAACAUCGUCUGGCAGGUAUCGGCCCCUGUUAACCACAGCGUCAGGCUGGACAUCGUCGACUUCGCUACCGAAUUUGACUUCGACACCUUGUUUGUGGGCGAUGGACUGACGCCACUGACCUACACAGAGCUUGCGAGGCUCACGGGCUAUGGGUUAAGGUCGAUUGUGACGUCACAUGGCCGCCAUAUGUGGCUCAAAUUCUUCAGUAAUUACAAACGUACUGACGUUGGAUUCAUGGCAACACUGAACGCUGUGGAUCCGAGAGGUGACAAUUCUCUAAUCUUGGUGAACGAGUCUACGGUCCAACAGCUACGCUCACCAGACUUUCCUCUUGUUGCAAGCGACAGCGUGCACGAGAUUUGGCGGAUAAUGGCUCCUCAGGAUCACAGCGUGAGGGCGCGUUUCGACUUCUUUAACCUCACCAACGGUUCUUCGCUUACCGUGGGCUACGGCUCGAGUCCUAUAAAAUUCACAAUCCUAGUGGAGUUGACUGGAAGUGAAUUGCCUGAAGAUAUUACCUCCCCCACUCAAAAAAUGUGGUUUAGAUUUGUGUCGAAUACUGGGGACUCCAGUAGAGCGGUCGGUCCGCUUAAGGGAAGUGGAUUCUUGGUGAAUCUAACAGCAGAAAGGACUGAAGAAAGUAACCCUUGCCAGAAUGGAGGAACAUUUUCAGACAUCCAUGGAAGUUUACAGUGCUUCUGUCCCGAAGGCUUCAAAUGGGAUUACUGUCAAAAAGGUUAGGACAAGACAAAUGGACUCGAUACCCUCAAGACAUAGCACCACGAAGAGAUAGCUAGACAAGAAUAUAAUAAUUCAGUAAGGCAGUGGUGUAGCGGGGGCCUCUGGCAUUACUGGGAUUGGCAGUUAUUUUAUUAGAUGUAUGAAGUAUAAAUUGUUGAGGCUACCUACGAGGGGGAACGAGGCAGGAGACUUUAUUUACUUCUUUUCACUUUUCACUUUUCCCUUCCCUUUCUCCCUUUCGUUUUUUUGUUGUAUAUAUCGUGCCCCUUGCAUUUACUUUAUUGGAGAGAUUUGUUCUUCAAAGUCAUGAACAAGAUAUUGAAUACGGGAAACGGGAUACAUGUGUAUAUUAAACCUCUUUAUUUACCACGUGACAAUGUGGCAGAUCUCUAAUUGGCUCAUAAUACUGAACCAUUACUUGAAUGAUAUUUUUUUUUCACGCUGUUUGUUAUAAUAGACAUUGAAUAGAACAUAUCAAACUAGUUUACCCAAUUCACAUGAGCUACAAUGAUGAAACUUGGUCAGGUUUGUUUUCCCCUUCAAUACUGACAUUAUUAAAACAUAUUGCUUUUUCUAUUACGGUAAUGGGGUUUGGUCCUCUCAACAAUACGUAAAUAUGUCAAAACAUCUGGAAUUUAAUAGAAAAUAUACAAGAUAAUACCAACAUUUUCUAUCAGAGUCCAAAUGUUUUUUUUUUUACAUAUCCCUUACAAGGUAUAUGUGCAUUUUUAUGACCUUGACCUGUGCAUUUUUAUAGAUGAAAUAAAUCAGAUGAAAUAAUGAUGUAUUCCGGGGCCUACUAAAAGCCCGUGUACUGUUUUUUUUGUUUAGUUCUGCUGGUUUCCAAACACGUCAAAUUUCCUCUUCCUUUUGGUUUGUUUGUAUUCUCUUAUAUAGAAAUUAUACUUUAAAUGUUUCAUAUUUGUGGUGAUAGAGAAAUAAUUAUAACAUUAUAAAAUAAUAUUACUUUAUGUAGUCUAAUACAUUCGUGCUGCACUCGUUGUUUUGUUUUUAUGUUAAAGUCAGGUGAUGUUCAUGAAUAUUGGGAAAAUUUGAUUUUUAUAACAUAUUUAUGGUGAGUAAUCUGAAAUUAGAGUUUGGCGAAUGUACACUCUCUCCUUUAACAAUUUUAAUGUGUAUGGUUCAUGGUUCAAGUCCUUGACUUUG